CAGAGUUGUGCCCUAAAAAGGAAGAUUUACAGUGUAAAGCUUAAGAGGGGUGGUGGUCUCUUAAAUGCAACUUUACCCUUAGCUUUAUUUGGAUCAAUGAACUUAUAUCUAAACUUCUUUGUUAACUAUUAUUGUUAUUGUUUCUUUCAUUUCCAAAUUACAAUGUUUUCCUCAAACCCUUUUCCACAGAUUCCAUCUCCCAUCCAUGUCUCACAUCCUUUCAAUUCCUUCUUUGACCUUGAAAGAAACGAUGUAUAUUUCAACCAUCAUGAAGACAACAAUAACCCUUUUGUUUCCGGUGAUUCUUUUUUACAUUCCUACAGCAGUUUUGCUCCACAACCAUCAACCCUACCUCCAGUCACAGACUAUAUACCUUCAAAUGCACAAGAGUUAGAUAGUCAAAACCAGCUGCUUGAUCAUGAAGGGUCUGGGUUGCAAUAUUGUGACAAUUAUAGUGAUCUUUUGGAGUCAGUAGUUUACCCAUCAAAGAAAAAAGUGGCGAUUUCAAAAAAAGAUGGGCAUAGUAAAAUCUAUACCGCACAAGGCCCGAGAGAUCGGAGGGUGAGAUUGUCCAUUGACAUUGCAAGAAAGUUUUUUGUGCUUCAAGAUUUGCUAGGUUUUGACAAAGCAAGCAAAACCCUUGAUUGGCUCUUUACCAAGUCCAAGAAGGCGAUUAAGGAGUUGAUUGAAGAAACAAAGCACUCCUCAUCUUCCACUGUUAGUACUAAUCAGUGUGAAAUGGCUUUCCUAGAGACCAUCAAGGGAGGAUCAGGAUCAGAUGAAGAUAAAGGGCAAAAAAUGUCAGCUCUCAGGUUUCUUGAUGGAGAAAAGAAGAAAAUGACACAAAAAUGCAAAUCUGGAUUUCAUGCUAGUCUUGCAAGAGGCCAGUCAAGGGCAGAGGCAAGAGCAAGGGCUAGGGAGAGAACAAAACAAAAAUUGCGCAUCAAGGAGCUAGACAACGACUUGAAGAAAAUUCCUGAUGAUUACCCUUGUCAUGCAUUAAGCCCCUCAAACACAACACUCCAAUCAAACUCUUGGGGUCAAUUUGAAUCACAAAGUGACUAUAAUGACAUCCUUCAUGGAUCAAUGCUGGAACAAAGGUUUUCAGUAUCAUCUUCAACUUUGUAUACUUACAAUCACAACUUUGUUGUAUCAGAUGAGUGCAUCUCCCAAAUUUCAUCCAAAGGUAUGCCUAAAUUUAAAGUAAUUCACGAGGAGCAGAGUCACCGUGCAAUGAUAUAGAUCUACAAAAGAACUCUGAAAGGGGUGCUGGAGAAAAUCUAGUCUUCAUCAGCCGGCAAAUAGAUCUAGUAACCACUUCUCGGCACUAGUUGAUUGGGGGAGCUGGAGCUAUAAUAUCA